AUGGAUCAAUCUGCUGAUCGAAUGGAGACUUCAAAGGAGGAUACUGUAGAGGAUCAAAUGCAAAUUUUGGAUGUAUGCAAGGAAAAUGGACAUUUCUCACAUGGAAAUACACUUCUGAGCGAACAAAACGAAGAUUCGUCAAAAAUCUUGAUCAAAUACCACCAGAGCUCUGAAGUUUCCUUGCAGACUCUAUCAACAAGUGAAGAGGUUUUGCAAGAAGUUGAAAAAGAUUGUAUUGAAUCGAUUGACUCUUCUGAAGCUCAUGAAAUCGCUCAGAAUACGACUAUCGGAGAACCGACAGCUGCAGAGAACCAGAGGAAUCCUCUUUGUCCUAAGAAAUCGAUUCCGAUAAUUACAAUCAGUUUGGAAGAGGUUACAAAUUUUGAUAUGAAUAAGCAGGAAUUGAUAGAAACUGAUGAAACACCGAUUCUGAGCACCGAGGAUCAACUACCGCAUCAAGAACAAAUCGAGGACACAAAACAAAAAGAUACCAUUGUUUUUGAAUUGUCAAAUCUGGAAAAAAAGAGUGUGGUGGUCUUGGAAGCAAUCAAGGGAAGAAACUGGAGCCGAAGUGACUCCAGAUCUAGAGUCUUCACAAAG